CGUUUUGACAGCGGGCACAGCCUCCGAGCUCCAAGACUCGUCGUUUCAAGUGGAGUCCUCGUUGAAGUCAAAGUUGUUAUCCAGAUUCCAAAUAUUUCUCUUCGUCGUUCACCGCAGCGCGCUGCAACACUCCCUCAUCAUUUCACGCAGCGAGCACGACCUAAUCGAUCAUACGUGUCGUGUCUUUAACUGAUGGUCCAUCGUCCGCCAGACUCUCGUCUCCUGUCUAACCUCAUAGCACACGAAAAGGAGUAUACCAAACAUCUAUCCGCUCUUUUCCCCAUAUCACAUGCUGCUCUCGCAUCUCUUUCUGCAUUCGCAGUUGCCUCUCCUUCUGCCAUACCCAGUUCUUCAGUCUCCUUAGCACAAACUAUUGGCACCAUCGUUGAUAUCCUCGCCGGCGUGGACGAUGCUCUCCAGCUCUACAAUCAGGCGGUCGAGAACUGGCGCGACCAGCUUGGCCACUUGAUAAAGCUCGAGGAAGACAUAGCAGCUAUUCUGCGUGACAGGGAAAUUCUUGUUACUCGCCUAAUAAAAGUCUCAAAAUCCUCCAAGGCUACACGGGAUCCUCGUUCAUCACUGAUUCUACCAUCAGGCUCUACCUCGUUUACGUCUCUCCCUUCUACCAAUUCUACAGCACAUAGCUCCUCCAACACCAAACUUCUGCAAGCUCAAGAGGAGCUACGCGCUUGCGAGGCUCAUUUAGCCGCUAAGGAGCUGGAGCUAGAGGGACUUCGGGUCAGCAUAGCAAGAGAAGGUCUCGGUGCUCGCUGUCGGGCUAUUAUUGAUUGUGGGUGGGCUUGGGGCGAAUUGGGCAAGGAAGGUCUUCGGGCGUUACAGAGUCUUAAUGUUUCAAGUUCAAACGGUCAAGUUACAGAAUCACCGUCAGCGUCAUUUUCAUCGCAUUCGCCCUCCGCGUCCAUCACUCUUCCCCAACAAAAGCCCUUACCUUCUCCCGCGCUACCUCUUCAUGUCACACAGGGCCCAAUAUCCUAUUCUUCUGACAUUUCCUCCCUCACGCCUUCUCAAAGCGCUUCGCAACAGCACGAUGGGCCCUCACGUGGGACUAGCCAAGAAGGCGUGGUUCCUGAUCGUCUUAGCCUCAAUGGUCAUCAAGAAGUGACAAUCACCAUUCCUCCUGCGCACGCCAUCUCAGAACUUACCAUGCCCACUGGCGUGCGUUCUCCGUCCCCUCUCAGCAACCCCUUACCUGAGAGAUCAACAGACCUCGAAGCCCGUCCCAUCCCGCGUAGCAGCAGUACUCAACAGAUCCGCCAUCAAUUGUCCAGACGCAUUACGGAGGUGGACGAGAAUGAGUACAGGGAGAGGCCUGCUGCCGUAGCAAACUCCUACUUUGACCCCACUCGCGAUGCAGACGACAGCAGUGAAGAGGAGGAGACUCAAGGUCCCUUAGAGGUCGUUGAGAACAAUCCAUUCGAACCACCGAAGCGCUUCUCCCUCCGCCACGAAGUGGCUCCAGACACUGUUGAACGCAUACCCGAGCGAAGCGGUAAACAGCGGGAGCGUAAGCCAUCCAUGAGUUUCUUCGGUUCUCUGCGUGGUUUGUUUAAGACUUCGCACAAGGACCAAACUCGUGCGGAAUGGGAUGACGCCGCAGAAUCCCCGCGUGCGGGUACAAGUAACGAAGGGAAGAAAGGGAAGAAGGGCUGGUCUACACGAACAGACGCCAACUUGAAGGCUUCCAGAUCUCAAGACAGCUUAGAGUCUGAGCCCAAUAAGGUACUCAAGCCCCCUCUGCCUUCAGGAGGUGCGAAGUUGCGCAAGGGCCGGUCACAGAUGACAGCUCUCGCAUCGUCUAGUGGAUGGCAGAGCGACGGACCCCCUUCUGCAAGUCCACGCACAAGCGUCAGGCGGAAAAAGAAGUCAGUUGCGGAGCUAAAGGGCAAGGAUGGCGGGUAUACAGAUGGCGAGCUUGACACAAACGAAUCAGCUCCUUCAGGCCUCCUAUCUCGCAGUCAGUCAGAAGUUGUUACCCGACGUCCCUCUGCAAAGCGGCAGAAAACCCCAACCUCCAGCCCUCAGGCUCAACCGCUCAAUCUUUCACGUGCCUCCUCACUCUCCACGCGAAAUGGCGUUGUGUCUUCUCCAAAUCAGGCAGUAGCCAAGUCACAACAUCGCAGAGCAUCUACAGACCUCUCUGGGAAUCUUAAUAAUGGCAAUGGAGAAGCGACUUAUCCGCGACGGUCAGCCUCCAUCACGUAUGGUGCUGUACCUCAAUACCCCGGGGAUUCUUCUGCAGCUGCGAGAUCAAAAUCCAAGCGUACACCUAAAGCAGGGACAAUACAUCCUCUUCCACCGAAAGGCAGCACCAGUGUGAGUCUUAUGAGCAUCGUCGAGGAUGUCGCACGACAAAAUCGCAACGACCGUGGAGCUACUCCGUUGCCUCUAGCGUCCCCUCACGCUCUGGGCUCAUCUCCAAGCACAGCGAAACUUGAGAUCCCACGUGCUCCAAUUCCAGGUGUGCCUGUCAAUGCGACGUGGUCUUCCAAACUUUCAGAUGAUCGGCUCCCUGUCCGUUCGGGAUCAUUGGACCUUCCCCACGCACCGGGGUCAGUUUUUUCUACAUCCCAGUCCCUCUCGGCUGUUUCGGGCGCCCAAAGAUCAGUGGGAUCCAAAUACGAGAUUCCGCUUCGUCGCCCGUCUGUAAAACAAGGGAGUGGUUCAGCUUCAGCCUCUGGAAGUGAACCCAGAAAGAGCUCCCGACCAGCCGUGUCGCCUCUUCGUUCGGCUCUUCGAAAUUCUAGCCGUACGCCAUCACCCAGCCCAGCUCAAUUGGCAGAAAUACGACAGCGAGGAGCUGAUGUGCGCACUGAGGAGGAUGAUAAACCUCGUGGACGAACACCAGAGCGGGAAGAGUCCGAGGAGCGCUCUCCAAGACCAGCUCGGCCUGGGCAGGCUAGCGAAUCGAAUGAUGUUUCGAUAAGAGAUUCAGUUUCGAUGACAUCAAUAUCGUCGUACAGAACGGCGCAGGAAAGUCCUGUUGAGAGGGAGUCGGCUCCUCAAGCUCCUCCGGCUCCGCAACAUGACAUCGAGUCUUCAACAACCUCCAAUGAGACGCUACCGACAAGGCGGAAGAGUGUUCGGGUAUCUCUUCACCCGACAUUCUCUACUACUCCGCCCGCUCUUGAUGAUGAUGAAGCUAGUGGCCGUUACCCCUGGAGCUCAACGAAGAAGGACUGUGACAAUGGCGACGGAUCAAGCGAACCUGUUGUAUGGCAAGACUCGAGCGACGAAGAUGAGGAGUACAGUCGCGCACGGAAACUCCUUAGUAGAGUCGGUAAGAAAGAUAAAGAGAAGAAGAAGAAUGUAUAGCUUGUCAUCGAAUUUCCAACUGAGCUCAAACACGGAUGACGGGCUCGUUGCAUCCCUCUGGCCCUUAAUCGACAUGUGUUCUUCAGGUUCUUGAUUAUAUUUGGCGAUUCGUUUGCGGUCCAUGGUCAAUCGUUACAUACUUUACAUAUAAUUUUUUCAUCCUUGUUUUAUCGUUGAGCCUUUUAUUCUAUACACACGUUCUGAAUUGGAUGUUUUCACCCUUGGGCGCAG